AUGUCUCGAGUCGUGGCUUUCAAACAAACACCAUUUGAAAUUAAAUCAGUCAAUAAUCUGCAUUACGACAAAAAGCAAAAAUUACUUUCAUUGUCACAUUCUUCGUCUUCGUCUUCGUCACUUGAAAUAGGAACUUAUGGCAGUAAAACUUCAAGGCCUGUUUUCAUCGACAAUGACCCCGAAAAAACGCCUCAAGAUAAACAAGUCUAUUAUGUGACACGCAUGAAAACACUCAUUGCUCGUUCCCAAAAAUCUAAGCUAGCCAUAGAAUUCAUCAAGAUGAAAAACGACAAAUCAAUUCAAUCAUAUCAAUUCUACAACACACUUUUACAAUCAUGUGUUAACGCAGCGAACCUAGAUAUCGCGUUAUUCAUAAUCAAACAAAUGUACACUUCCUGGGAAAGCGACGGAAUUCCAGUCGCACCCACGAAAGAAACGUAUAAAAUACUAUUAGAGGCAGUAUUCAAUUCCAAAGAUUACUAUCUCUCACUUUACAUCGCAAAAGCGUUGAUCAAUCGUCGUGUUCCUUUUUUGAACAAAGAACGGGAUACCUCGGACACCGCGAUUCGUGAUUUGCCAAUAUCGCAUGUUGUGUGUGAUACGGAAUUGUGGCAGUAUAUUUUGAGAGCGUUGACUUCUUCAAAGAAAUUAUAUUCGUUUUGGGCGGUUUUGUCGCCGUUUUCUACUAGGGAAAAAAUACCGGAUUUUAAAGAAGUUGAAGAGAUUACAAGACAAUUUUUAGAGACUACGCCGAAACCUUUUAGCACUGAAACGUGGCGAGUAAUAAUUCGGGGUAUGGGUGCAUAUCAACGGGGUGGCCCUGAAUUUGUUGAUUUUUUGCAGUUGGUUCGCACUGAUAUUCCUAUUAACCCCGAAAUCGGGACAGAAAUAAUUUGGGCAUUAGCGCGUAAAGGACUAGUAAGGGAAGCCUUAAGAUACAUCAGUCAAGCGAUAUCAAAGUUUGGUCCGAGACCAUUGAGUUCAAAAGAACCAAUUUACGCGUUAUCGUCUUUCUGCGCAAAUAAAGGCAACGUGAACCGCACAAAAGAAUUACUUUCCAUGAUGCAUUUGUGGGUAAAUGACUGGGCUCUCAAAAAGAAAUGGGUUGAGUUGAGUAAGAUUAAGAUUAUGAUGCGCGCUUAUUUGCAAGCACUCGCGAAUGAAGUCACACUGCACAUGAACCCGGACAAGGAUAAACGUGUAGUCAGCCGUUUUAGUACGGAUCCGGAUGAUCCGGCGGCUAAAGGUGAAAGUUUGAUUGAUAGUCAGUUCUACAAAUCGUGGAAAGAACUCUUGGCUAAGUUGUCCACUUUGGAAAAGAGCGAUCGUGAGAAUAUCGACUUGAUUAUACAGUUUCAAGUUUUUGCCAAUCUCUUGAACCAUAAGUCAUUUCCAAUGAAAACAGCCAUGGAAACGUUAAAAAACAUGCGCGAAAAAGAAGUCUUACAGCCCGAAUUUAACACAUUCAAAAUUGUGCUCGAAGGAUUUGCAAACUCGCCCGAAUUCUCUAGUCACAACGUGCAGGACCAAAACCAAAAACUGCGUAUCGAAUACGCGUUGGAAGUAUUCGAGAUGAUGAAAUCAUAUGGUUAUGAGGUUGAUAAGUUAGAAACUUUUCGUCCGUUGCUGCAAGCGUGUCUACCACCUUUUGAGCGUAAAACUUCCAAGUAUAUCGAUUCGUGGGGUCCACUUGUCGGCACCGAGAAUGAUAUCGUUUGGAAGAAACCGCAAAAACCAAUUCCGAGAAUUUUUGAAAUUGAGAAAAUGAUUGAUGAUUCGAAAUUACCUAUUGAUUAUGAGUUGAUUAGCACAUUAUUGGAACAAUUAAGUUCGGCCGGUCUUUUUAAGACCAUGUGGAAACGGUGGAGUGAUUUAGCAACAAGUGGGAUUCGAAGACAUGAAAAAUUAUACGAGACAGUGUUUUAUGCGGCAGCCGUAGACUACAGUGAAGCACAGUAUGCCAUAAAUGUGGUUCGAAAUCAAAUGUCGAGAGAAGUGCCACCCGUUAUACCAACACUUGAGAUCUAUACAGCAAUGUUACAGUGUUGUGUGCGUAUCAACGAUACUUAUAAUAUCACUGAAAUUACCCAGAUUAUGCAAAGAAUAAUUGAUAAAACACAUAAUCCACGCGUUCAAUCAAAAUGGUAUGUUCCAAUCGUCAAUGCUUAUUUGCAUAAUCCAGAAUUAGCUCCACAAGGAAAACUACUUGUUUCACAAUUACUAAGAAACGAUGGAAUGCUCUGUUUUCCAUUAUGGAGAACACUAAUGUAUUACUAUAAUGAUACACACCUUGAUCUGAAAAGUGCAAAACACACAUUUGAAGCUUAUGUGGAUUGGCGUGAACGCAAUAAAAGGUUCUUGUUUGACUCUGAAAAACGCGUUGGAAUUGAUAUGGGAACCACAUCCAGAAAUUUAUCUCCAGAACUUCCCUUAAUCAAAUUUCCAUCUUCCCCACUUUACACCAAAGACACACAAAUCAUCAACCUUUACACACAAAUAGCAAUAAGAUGCGGAAAUUUUUCAAUUGCGCGCCAGCUCUUAACAUCAUAUGUCGCACAUUACGAGCACCAACAAGCACAGGAUAUUGCAUUUGUAGACAUUGAAACGUUAAAAGAGUUUGCGUAUUUGGCUUGGCGGAAACAACAAAUGAACGAAAUGCAAUGGUUAUUGGAAAAGUAUCAGAGUUUCUCAAAUAAUGAUAGUUUCCCUCUUGAUCAAGAAGAAAAAGCAAAAUCAAUUUUCCAGAAUCCAAUGGUUUUUAAGCAUUUAGAUUACAUGGCACGACAUUCUCCCUCAUCAUCUUAG